AUGAGUAUUAUAAUUGGACCCGCGAUAGCCGUUAUAGCAUCCUUCCUGGCGUUAACUGUAGUUUUAUUAUCAUUUAUUGGACUAGAGAAAUUUGAACUGCCCAUUGCAGAAAAUUCUACAUUAACCGGAUAUCCAACAUGGCAUCCUACUAUUCCAGAUCUCGAUGCAAAUCGCCUCAAUACUAUCUUGUUAUUUACUAACUUGAUAUGCUUUUUCGCUAGUAUUUUUGGUUUUUAUUGGGCAUUUUACCCUCCUCAAGAUAAACAACUUAUCUCCAAUUUUUAUGAAAAUAAUACAGUGGUCACAUCUACCCCUUAUAUGAUCCUUGAUAUUGGGAAAUUAUGGGUCCCAAUUGGAUUAUUAUGCAACGUUGCAGAGAUUUCGUUAUUAGCAUGUAUUCAUUAUGGUGGAAAGAUUACUGCGAUUAAGUAUUGGGCAUGGAUACUUAGAUAUUUGGUCAUAAUAAUCAUUGGUUGCGUAUGGUUGGAUUUUCCUUAUGAUGCAUUUUGGUAUCAGAUACAAGACACUAUUCCAAAUGAACCUGACUCUGAAUAUCCGCUUCCCCUAAGUUUCCUCCCUCAACCAAAACAACUUAUGGCAUUGGUUUUCGCUUCAGGUGUCCAUCUUUUAGGCGAUUCAAUAUAUGUUAUAUUUCUGAAUCAUCCUAAUGCCUAUCUAUUGGGUGCUUUAAGUUACGCGGUAUCAUAUGGUGUUUUCGCUUACUACAUUUGGUUAGAUACUCAUUGUUAUAGAAUUUUACCUAAAAAACGUAUUUAUGUGCCUGAAACAA